GUUCAGGCAAAAAGAAUAACCCUGGCAAUUGCAGCAAGUGCGGUUCCAAGUGGCAUAACCCGGCGGACUGUCCGGCUGGCAAGGACAAAGACAAAGACGCUCAGAAGGACCAGAACGACUCGCACGGCAAGGACAAGAGCAAGAGCAAGGGCAGAGGACGCGGCAACGGCAAGGGCAAGAGCAGCAGUUAUGAUCGUGGCAAAGGCUAUGGGAAAUCUCGCGGUCGAGGCAAAGGACGCGGCAAGAGCAGAAAAGGAAAAGGCAGAAGUAAAGGCAAGCGUCGUGAGCACUACGAGGACGACUACGAUGACGAGUACUACGACUACGAAGAUGGCUGGUGGGGUCUCGACAGUACUGGAAAUUGGUAUCCUGCAGAUGCGGACGCGCAGACCUCGAAGCAGCGAGUUCACAAGACGGACAUUGGCAAUCACGGCUUCUUGCACUUCGAAGAUGGCGACAAGCAGGAGAUCAUCAGUCAGCUCCAGAAUUUGACCAGCAGCAUUCAAAACCUCCAGCAGCAGAUCAAUCCCAAUGGCGACGGCAUCGGCAGCUUCCUGGCCACCGAGAACGUUGAAUCGUCAGAAGUUCCACCACCUCCUGAAGCAUCCAUGGCCGACUACAUGUCUAGAAAGAAGCACUUCACAAAGACUCAGCAAUUCUGGAAGGUUUGGAGUCAAUUCAAAGGGGCACAGUAUACUGGCGACAGGUUUGCAGAUGGACUUGAUGAUACCCAGCUUGAACGAUUUCGGAAGAAUUAUCAAGGCGUUCCUGCGAAGUUUUACAGUCGUACCAAACUGCCGGUCAUCACUCCGAAGAAUGCUCUCCAGUUUCUCAAGCAUCUGAAGGACAAUGGAAUCACGAGCGUGGACAUGCAGGAGCAUUUCAGUGGCAGCAGCACUCUCAGCUACUGGGCUUAUCGCAGUGAGGUAUCGGCUCUCUUCCCGACGGACAUGCGGUACGGUUGGAAUUUGAAUCUUGUUGAGCAUCAGCAGAUCAUCGACACCUUUUUCAAGUCCUUGAGAGUUUGGUUGAAGUUCUUUUCACCACAGUGUACACCCUGGUCAGUGGCUAGCACGACGGCGGACCCCAAAGUAAAAGCUCUGGCGAGGAUCACGGACAAGUCAUCACUACAGUGGACCGCCGACACGUGCAAGCGCUCGAAGGAGGGCGAUUUGUUCUUUCUUUGGGAUCAGAUAUGGCUCAUUCUCGUCGACGAACACAUUCGCUACAAAACGACGGGCAAGCUCGGCUCGAAGACUGGAGUGGAAUAUCUACGAGCUUUGGACAGAUAUUCGAUUCAGCGCGAAUUUGCAGGUACCGACCCGAACAAGGGGCAGCACACGACAACCGGUCUCGUGGAAAGUCAUAUUCGCAUGACCAAGGCUAUUGCACUCAAAAACAAAGUGGACGCUAAACGAGACGGUCUUGAGGUUUCUGACGAGACGCUGAUUUACGAGGCCACCAUGUCACAAAACCUGUUGCUCAACUACGGCGGCAGCACGCCGGCCAACGCGCUGCUCGGAUUCACUCCCCGGGACUUCUACGAUGGCCAGGCCUCCACUGUUACAUCCGCCAGAGGUGCGCUCGAGAUCUCGCCCGACACUUUCGAGUCGAACAUCAGGAUGAGAUUGCGAUCGAACCAGAAUGUUCUGAAAGCGAUCGUUGAGGAGCGCAUCGCGGUUGCCAACAGGUCUCGACCCCAACGACUGGACACUGAGAAGAUCAAGGUUGGAGAUCAAGUGGAUCUUUACCGUACUCCCGACAAGAAAGAUCAAGAAGGCUGGAAAGGACCCUGUGAGCUUCUCCACCUGAAGUCGACUGGCGCGAUCGUGGUCUGGAACGGCUACCCGUACAUCGUACCCCUACGACACAUACGAUUGCAUCAACCACUCACCGGCUGGGUCACUAGCGUUUUGAAGCAGCACAUGACAACCUGUGAGAUGGUACAUUUGGUGAGCGACUAUGUGGACAUGCUUGACAUCAUCGAGGGCACGAUACCGUUCAAACCUCAGAUCAUGGGCAAUAUUAUUGGAAAGGACGGUCUUCAGCAUCAGACGCCAGCGGAUCUAUCUCAGAACCCUCCUAAGCUUUGGCAGCAGGCAGUACAGUGUGCGGAGAACGAGUGGGGCAUUAAGAUCGACGGCAUCAUAUACGGCAGGUGCGUUAGACGGCUCUAUGAGGUCAGUGGCGCAUCAUUCGGUCGACAAAUAGUUUGGGACUGCACCAAGCGAUCUCAGUACGUCACGCGCGAUAUCAACCCCAGCAGGCAAGUACUUAACAUCUUGACUACGAUCCCAGGCAUGAGGGACACCGACGCAUGCAGUAUUGUGUUUUACACGUUCAACGCAGCUUCGGAAGACGCCGAGACCAAGAAGUACAUCCUGCCAGACCUCUCCGACAUCAGCAGUAUUGGCUACGAUCCCGACGAGGGCUCACCAGAUAUUGACACCAUCGAGUACGAUCAUGCUCCCGACAAGAGCACGGUUGAAUACGAUGAAAUUCCUGAGGGCGCAGCAUCACCAGCACCAACGGUCGACUACGGCUCGCCCAAGAAAUACGACGAGUUGGCGUUGUCAUUGUUCGUGAUGGAAGAUCUCUCCGGCAUCCAAUCAGUAUUCGACGAUAACUUCUUCAUGUGGAUCAAGGAAGGCACCAUCAUGAUGGUCUGGACUGUGCACGUGGACGAUAUCAUAGUUCUGGCAACGACGGCCUAUCUAUGUUGGAGCUUGGCUGAGAUGGAGAAGCGCUUUGGGGAAAUCAAACGCCAUCAGCUACCGUUCACUCACAUGGGCAUGAGCUACGAGCAGUUACAGCCCAGGCAUUUGUUCAUCCACCAGGAGAGCUUCACGGACUCGCUGAAGAAGAUCUUCAUUGAGCCGGCUCUGAAGGACAAGACGGAAAAGGAGUGCAACCACAAGCAGCAACAUGACUUGAGGAGCGCGCUUUGCAGUUUAUUGUGGCUGUGUCAGACGCGCGAGGACAUCUACUGUGAGGUAGUGCAGUUGCAACAGCAAGCGCGCAAGGCCAACAUUGGUCAUCUCAAGCAGGCGAACCUCCUGAUCGAUCGAGCUCAGCGUAACAAGAAGAUGGCAGGACGCAUUCGACAUUUUCUUCACCUUCCAACGGAAGUCAUGUUGGUCGAUGGACUCACUAAGUGCGGCAUCUUCAAGCUACUCAUGACACAUAUGACGACUGGAGUUUGGAAGAUAGCAGUGCCCAAGAACAAGUUCAUUACCAUGCGUACGAUCAUAGAACCUCAGACCAGCUUCGACGAGACCGACUUAUUGGACAUGAAGUACUAA